AUGAGUGCGUACGAGAAACUCAGCACUGCUGAUUCUGAAACUUCCAAUUCUGAUACCGAAUCCCUAGACAAACUCAUCCUCUACAGAAGACAUUCCUGGAAACAACGCUUGCUGGACGCUUGCAUCCUCACUUUAUCAUUCACGUCCAUCUUGAUCGGCGCUCUUACUCUAUUCAAAACAACCCAUCUAAUCAAUUCCAUAAACACUUUCACCUCUCAGCCUCUUCCACAACUCCAGAUUCAGCCACUGAACAGACAAGAUCCCAGCGAAGUGCCGCAAAACUGUGGUUCUUCCAUCACCGAAGCAUUAGCCAAAAAUUGUAUAUUCAACAUUUAUGCAAAUGCGUGGCUGCCCCCUCAGUGUUUCGAUCAAGAAGCAUAUGAUAAGUGGAUAGAUCCGAAGAACGAUCUGGUGGAGUUUGGACACGCAGGCAAGUUUGAGUGGUGGGAGGAUAAGAAUCACACGAGACCGAUCGACCAGAAGGAGUUGGGGAGGUUGAAGGGUGCGCAUACAGUUCAGGCUUAUCAUGUUGCGCAUUGCUUGUUUGAUUGGGACGCUACUGUUAAGGCAAUGAAGAAGGUGGUUGGUGGCGAGAGUCCUGUGUGGGUGCACUCGAAAUUGUUGGAGUCACAUCAUGUUGGGCAUUGCUUGAUGGUAAUUGCAUCCCAGAAGCAUUUCUAUCAAUUUGAAUGGGCGUCUGUUGCCGAAGUAACUUUCGGAUUUGGAGAGUGUGUACGUUUAGAUGCGAUGGGGAAGAUUGAAGCUGUCUUUGAUAAAGUCAGGCGCGUUACAAUGGACAGUCCUGAUCUAACAGAGAGUGUAGUAGUAUUAGAGAACUAA